GCACGAGCCUUGAAAGCUCCCGAAGUUGCCUUCCUGUCUUCCCCUGAGGAGAAUCCUGAGGUGUUUCUUGAAACCAAGCUAGGCCCAGUGGCCUGAAGAAAGGGUUUUUAAGCUCCUCCUCUCCCCUUGAAGGGACCACAGGGAUGAAUACACCUCCCAAAGAAAGCAGCAAUAACUUUGUGCACACUGAGCAACCACCCGCUCCACCCAUCCAGGACCCGUCUGAGAGCGGUUGCUGCCUGCUGGGGGCCCCACCCUGGUAUGCUGUCUCGACUCCCAUGCAGCUAAAAGCCAGGAGAGUGUAAGCCAGGGACGGCUCUGUGCCAAUGGCGAGUGGGAGACUCGGCCAAGGCUGGGAUAAGGAGGGGAGGUAGCUGGGCAGAUAGCUUGUGCGGGAGCUGUGACCCCAGCACUGGCCAGAGGUCCUGGAGUACUUACCCAUAGUUGGGGGGCCGAGCCUGCCGAUCCGGGCCGCCCCCUCCUACACCCACUCCCUGCACCUGGAGCCCAACCUAUGGGCUUGCGUCUCCGCCUCCUUGGCUUCACAAUCUCGCGGUUAGUCCCACCCUACCUGGACCCAGUACUCGGCUGCCAACGCUACCACACCAUCCUUCCCUGCUCGGCUCCGGAAGGAGCCCCGGAAGCCAUGGAGGUGCUGGUCCUGGCCGGAUAUCGCGCGCAAAAGGAGGACGAGCUGAGCCUGGCGCCUGGUGACGUGAUCCGGCAGGUGCGCAAGGGGCCCGCACGGGGCUGGAUGCGUGGAGAGCUGGGGGGCCGCUGUGGCCUCUUCCCGGAGUCCCUGGUGCAGGAGAUCCCGGAGACUCUCCGCUGCUCGGGGGAGACGCCGAGACCGCGCUGUGCGCGCCGCCGAGGUCGCUCAGUCAAAUUUCUGGGCCCCCGAAGAUGGUGCAAGGCAAACUUCAACUACACCCCGGAGCAGGCGGACGAGCUGCAGUUGCAAGCUGGGGAGAUUGUGGAAGUGAUAAAGGAGAUUGAGGACGGCUGGUGGCUGGGGAAGAAGAAUGGGCAGCUGGGAGCCUUCCCAUCCAACUUUGUGGAGUUGCUGGACAGUGGGCCCCCAAGCCUUGGCAAUCGAGACAUCCCUUCAAUCAUCCUUGGUCCCCAGCGGCCUCAGAAGCUGAGCAGCCUGACCUAUGACAGCCCUCCAGACUACCUGCAGACAGUCUCCUACCCCGAGACCUACAGGGUCAUGUUUGACUACCAUCCUGAGGCCCCAGACGAGUUGGCGCUUCGGAGGGGUGAUGAGGUGAAAGUACUGAGGAAGGUCACAGAGGAUAAGGGCUGGUGGGAAGGAGAGUCUCAAGGCAGAAGAGGACUUUUCCCGGAUAACUUUGUGCUCCCACCACCCCCAGUCAAGAAGCUGGUCCCACGGAAAGUGGUAUCUCAGGAAUCAGCUUCUGUUAAGGAACCCAAAAAGAUGAUGCCCAAAACAGUCCUCCCUACAGUCAAGAAGCUGAUGACAGCUCCCAGUGAGCCCAGCAAAACCAAGCCAUCUUGGACACCCAGCGGAGACAGUCAGAAGCGCCCCUCCCGAAACUCCAGCUCCAACAGCAGUUUCCAGCCUGGCAGAAAGCGAUCCAAGACACAGGCUUCCCAGCAACGCCCUGCAGCCAGUCAGGAUGAAAAGCAGAGGCGCCUUACAAAGGGCCCUCGUGUGAAUACAACCCCAAUUCUGAACAAGACCACCAGCCCAGAGAAGACACCAACUCUGGAUAGGGCCCCCAGACCAGAGAAGACCCCACCUCCAGAUAAGACCCCCAGUCCAGAGAAGACUCUGUCUCCAGAUAAGUCCCCUAACUCAGAGAAGACCCCACCUCCAGUUAAGACCCCCAGUCCAGAGAAGACUCUGUCUCCAGAUAAGUCCCCUAACCCAGAAAAGACUCCACCUUCAGAAAAGAACCCCACUCCAGAGGAAACCCUAAUUCCAGAGAAGGUCCCUACCCUCGAGGAGACCCCAACCCUGGAGGACAACACCCCUAGUCCAGACAGGGCCCUUUCUGGGCAUGAGGCCCAGGUCCCAGAAGUCCUACUUGAAGAUGAGGCCUUUGGUCCAAAGAUGGCCCCUCCGGGGGAUGAGGCCCCCACCCUAGGAAAGGUCUUGACCCCGGAGCCUGUGCUCUCUGAAGAGGCCUCCGCUGGAGACAACAGUCAGUUCCAUCACUUCUCUCCGGAGGAAGACCCCCCGCCAAACGCCAGGUCUCUUGAGGCCAGUGAGGCUCAAUCUCAAGAGGAGGUGCACACACCAGAGGAGCCCUCCCUCGGCUUGGUGAAACAGCCCCUGGAGAGGAGGGCCAGCUCCCCUCUCCAGUCCAAGUCCAACGCCAAGUCAGGGUCCGCGCCUGCCCUUGAGAAGGCCUCCCCUCAGGAAGAGCUGACGAUCCUCCCGGAGGAGGCACCACCGAAGGCUGAGACUACCCUCAAAGAGCAGGAGUCUCCCAAAGAAGGGGUGCCCUCCAAAGAGGUAACCCCUGCCCAGCAGAAUGCGGAGCCCCAAACGCCCCCUACCCUGCACUCCUCGGUCCCGCCAAAUCUCACAGACCGCAGAAGCGACGGAGACGACAUGUUGAGGAUAAAGGACCAGGUGGAGGCUUUGAGGAGGUCGCUGGAGCAGAUGGGGGUGCAGCUGGAAAAGAAACUGAUGGACAUCUCGGAGGAGCUGAAGAGCGAGCGGGAGAAGCGCCUACUGCUGGAGGUUCAGAUGAAGCAGAGGACCCGGGACUUCAUCCACGCGCAGACUCAGACGCACUGAGGGUGGGCCCGGGAGGGACUGUGGCGGGACCUGGAGCGAAGUCAGGCUCCGGCCACCCACGUCCUUGCACACGUCUUCGGAAAACGCCGGAAAGUAAACUGCCGAACUGUGAUGAGCACAAUGAUGGGAAAUAAAGCCGGGGAAGAGGUGAGGGAAGACCCAGCGGACACGGCCAGGCACAGCUCCCGGCUGGCUUCUCUCUGAAGCUAUCUCCUCGAGGACACUGGGGAUCAGGCAGUCACUAACACAGUAGGACUUCUCUCAGCGUGUGACACCCAGUGAGGGCAGACCCAGCCUCCUCUCGUUUGCUUUGCCAGAAAUUAAUCAGACGG